AUGGCGAUGUAUAAAUAUAAUAAUAUUUUUGGUUUAAGUGCAAGGAUGUGGGAUGUUAGAGUUUAUAUUGCUUUAAGUGCAGCUGUAUUCGGAGCUAUCGUUGCUCUCGCAGCGGCGGUUGUCUUCAUGAUCCGAUCGAAGAGGAAGAAGAACCAAAACUCGAGCAAUUAUGCAGAUAUGGAACUGCAACAACUUAGUUUCAGUGUAAGGACAGCAGCAAGUGAUAAGAAAACCUCUUUUGAAGGUUCCCGGGAAGCUCUUGAUGUUCAUCUUGUGUCCCGAAAGACGCUGAUGGUCGAGUCGUAUGCCAUCGAAGACCUGAUGAAAGCUACCGAGGAUUUCAAUCCGAGUAAUCAGAUUGACGGAAACGUGUAUCACGGUUGUCUCAAUGGGAAAAACAUGGCAAUAAGGUGUGUAAAAACAGAACAUGUUUCGAAUAUUGAGAUUAAACUGUUGAAUGAUGCAACUCACCAGCAUCCGAACAUAAUUAGACUGCUGGGAACCUGUGUAACCGAGGGUUCGAAUUCGUUUUUAGUAUUCGAAUACGCGAAAAAUGGUUCGUUGAAAGACUGGUUGCAUGGUGGAUUGGCGAUGAAGAACCAGUUCAUAGCUUCUUGUUAUUGUUUCUUGACAUGGAAGCAAAGGUUGAGGAUCAUUCUUGAUGUAGCAGUGGCAUUACAAUACAUGCACCAGAUUAUGAAUCCAAGCUACGUUCAUAGAAACAUCAAGAGCAAACACAUCUUCCUGGAUGAAGAUUUCAAUGCAAAGAUUUCGAAUUUCGGGGUCGAAAACUGUGUCAAAAAUGAAACCGAGUGUCCAGAUGUUUCAACUAAUCCAGCCACUUGGGACCUUGGUUAUUUAGCUCCUGAGUAUCUUCAUCAAGGUGUGGUUUCACCGGCCAUCGACAUUUUUGCUUAUGGCGUGGUUUUGCUUGAGAUUCUUUCUGGGAAAACACCCAUAGCCAGACCAGAAGAGAAGGGGGUAAAUAAUGUUUGGCUGUCUGAGAAGAUCAAGGACAUUUUGGUGUCGGAAAAUGGAGAUGAGAUACGGCAGUGGAUGGACAGUGCGUUAGGCGAUAAUUACUCGUUUGAUACAGCUUUGACAUUGGCAAAUCUUGCCAGAGCUUGCACGGAAGAGGACCCUUCUUCAAGACCCGUUGCCGGAGAGAUCGUUGAGAAGUUGUCGAGAUUGAUGGAUGAAUCUCCAGAAGAUGAACAUAUGUUGAUCUCUGAAAGCUCUUGCAAACCUCUGGUAAAUUCAUCAACAAACAAAACCUCUGAAUAA